UUGCCCGCCUCCGAUCGGGGGCGGUGCCUUAGUGCGGCCGCCGCGGCGAGUCGCGGCGAGCGGCGCGGAGCCAGGACUUCCGGGGAGGGGCGUGCGCUCCUCUGCACCCCUUCCCGCCCCUGUACCCGGCCUGGUCGCCCCGGGUUCUGAGGACCAGGUGGGGGCGUCGGGGCGGGGUCGCCGUCUUUUCUCAGGUGCCGCCUCCGCGCUACCUGAGGCCCCGCCAUGGCCCAGCAGAGAGCCCUGCCGCAGAGCAAGGAGACGCUGCUGCAGUCUUAUAACAAGCGGCUCAAGGACGAUGUCAAGUCCAUCAUGGACAACUUCACCGAGAUCAUCAAGACCGCCAAGAUCGAGGACGAGACGCAAGUGUCAAGGGCCACUCAGGGUGAGCAGGACAACUAUGAGAUGCACGUUCGAGCUGCCAACAUUGUCCGAGCCGGUGAGUCCCUGAUGAAACUGGUGUCUGACCUCAAGCAGUUCCUCAUCCUCAAUGACUUCCCGUCGGUGAAUGAGGCCAUUGACCAGCGCAACCAGCAGCUGCGAGCCCUGCAGGAGGAGUGUGACAGGAAGCUCAUUGCCCUGCGGGACGAGAUCUCCAUCGACCUGUAUGAGCUGGAGGAGGAGUAUUACUCGUCCAGCUCAAGUCUUUGCGAAGCUAAUGACCUGCCUCUGUGCGAAGCGUACUGGAGGCUGGACCUCGACACAGACUCUGCUGAUGGCCUCUCGGCCCCUGUGCUGGCGUCCCCGGAGCCCAGCGCUGGCCCCCUGCAGGCUGCGGCCCCUGCCCACUCCCAUGCCGGCGGCCCUGGCCCCACGGAGCACGCCUGAGCCUCCCAGGGCUCCCCUCCCCACACCCCUAGGUUCUUAGGAAGUCUGGUGUCCCUUCCGGGCUCGCCACAGCUUUGCUCCUUUCAGCCUUGCUUCCCCUUGCGAACUUUAGCCCAGGGACAGCUGCCCCCGUCCCCCCGCCAGGAGUGUUGGGGAAAAGUAGCUCCCCCAACCGUUUCCAAGGUGGCCCAUCUCCCUCUGAGUGGUCACCUCUGUUCACGACCCUCCUGGUCGGCUGGGCAGAAGGUUCCUGGACAGUCCUGUUGAGGGCCCAGUAGCGGGGCAGGAUGUCCUGCUAUUUAAAAGCUGCAGGAUGGUGCUCAGAGUGGACACUGUUAGCCAAGUCCAGACUCCCCCUCUCAGGCCAGGCUCUCUGUGCAGAGCUACACCCCUGCCUUGUCCUAAGGGCCCCUGCACUAGGUGACUGUCCCCGCAGGGCUGUGGCGGGGAGAGAGAUGCUGCCUGCUCUCGCCGAAGCCAGGACGGGGACCUUCCUAAUUCUGCCAUAUAUGUUCUGGUAAUUUUGUAAUAAGACAGCUGAAUAAAAACAGCACUG